GAAUUGUACGCACGGUUGAGACAUGAAGAAUUGUACGCAUCGUUGACAUGUGAAGAAUUGUUCGCAUCAUAUAGAUUUGACGUAAUCAAAACAGCACGGAUGAAAAAACGUGAAGAAUUGUACGCAUCGUUGACGCGUGAAGAAUUGUACGCAUCGUUGACACCCAUAGUAAUGUGGGAAGAUUAUGAAAAUUGUGAAGAAUUGUUCGCAUCGUUGACAAUGGAAGAACGGUGGACAGAAGAUGAAAUCAGUGUACAUGGUGAAGAAUUGUACGCACCUUGGAGAAAAAUGUCUGAUGAAAGAAGAAAGGAACGUGAUGCAAAUAAGAUUUCGGCAAAUGCUGAACAGACGGAUGUUAAUUUUCCUGAUUACAGCUCAAAAUUUAAAAAAGGUACUUUUGUCCUGUGUUCUCAGUUUCUGCCUUGCGCUGGAGGAAAUGAUCUUGAGGAUAGUCAGCAGAAACAGCAGACAAUCAAUGGUAUAUAUCAGCACACGCUAAGGACCGUAUCACAUUGUCCCAGUGUCAGUGACUACAUACAAAGAGCAAGAGACAGAUGUGCUGAAGUUUGUACAAACAGCUUACAAGAUGACGGCUGCUCAUAUCACUGCAUGCGUGAUUCUCACAAAACAAGUCUUGUGGAAUUUUGUGCAAAACCCAAAUUGCUCUUUGAUUAUUGCCCGGAGUAUGACCCCAUCGGUGAAAGAAUCCAAAAAGACAUUUAUACACUGUGCAAACCUUCCAACCCUUUACAAAUAUUUUAUCGUUCCUCGGACAUUUUCUUUUGUGACCAAGACAAAUGCCUCCAACUGCGAGAUGCAAGUGUUAGUACAAGUGUAACAAGCCUGAUGACCGACACAACUCCAGUUAGCGGGGAUUUAAACGAGUCCUGGUUAUCACAAUAUUUGUUUAUGGUUUUGCUAAUUGUGCUGGCUGUGAUUUUAUGCAUUGUGCUUGGAGGCAUUUUCCGUCUGCGUGGGAGACUCGUGGCAAUUUCCCGGAAGUAUACAAAGAGAGGGAAUCCAAAUAACGUUCAAGAUGAGAAUGAACAGGCAGCUUUGCACAAUACAGCAUAGAAGUGAUUUGCAGCUGCAUAUACCGUACUACGAAAAAGCCAAGCAAUAUUGCCAUUUGUUAUAAAACAUUACAUUUUGUAGUUAUUUGACAUGUAUCUGCAUCUGGUUUUGAAUUCUACCAUUGGAUUAGAUUAACAUGAACUUAAUGUAUUUAAAUGUUGAGAUAUUUAAUUACUUGUAUUACCGCAAAUUUUAUGGUAUACUGUGUCAUCGAAAGAAAGGAUAUAAGGAGGACAUUUACAAGGAGUCGACCUUUGGAACAGUGUUAUCGAAUUGCUCCGCUUCAUAAUGCUAUGUACAUGUAAUGAACACGAUCGAUACAAGUACAACAUCAUGAAUGACGAUAUCCUCAUCGGAUGUAGAAAUUAAAGGAAAAUUAGGUACCCCUGUCCGAAAACCAUUCCACUUGCAGUUCAUCUAGUGUGUUUAACAUUUCAUUAGGAAACAUGUCUUAAAAUUGUUUAUAUGCUUUUGGAUAUGUUUAUUAACAUGCAUUAAGUGAAUCUACCAGCAUCCAUCUAUAAACUGUGUUAAAAGAAUGAGACAUGUAUUUAUGAAGAAACUUUGUGACGUGCAUGUUUUAAAAUUAUUGUACAUUAGGAUAUAAUUUGUCUUUUUCGCUUUCGAUUCAUUUCCAAGAUGUUGUUGAAUAUUUUAUGAACAAAUGUUUAUUAUGUAUGCAUACAUACAUAAUUGAAUUAAAAGUGUAUCUGCG